AUGAGGGCUCACAAGACGACGGUUAAGAUGGAGUACGACGAGCGGUACGCACCAUUCUUCAGGAGAGCCCGACUAUUGGGUUUCGUCCUGCAGUUCAAGCGUAAGCCGCCGACGCUCGUCCACUCAGCUCUCACGACUUUGAUCGACCGGUGGCGGUCAGAGACGCACACCUUUCAUCUUCCAUGUGGGAAGAUGACCGUGACCCUCGAGGAUUGGGCGAUGAUUACGGCCCUACCGCUUGAGGGUCGUGCUCUCACAGGAAGAGUGGAGAGGGCGAACUGGCAUGAUAGGGUUGUCACCCUUAUCGGCGACUGCCCCCCCCCCCCCCCCGCUAAGAGCAACCGGACUUCCGGCAUACCGCUGCCAUGGCUCCUCAAGCACCGGAGCAAGUGCCCGGAAGAUGCCGAGCCCCGGGUGGUGGAGCAGUACGCCAGGGCCUACCUAUGGUACAUUCUCACGGAGGUAGUGUUUCUGGACUGCUCCGGGAACUCUGCCCUAUGGAUGUAUCUCGACUUUCUAAAGGACUGGGAUGCGGGGUACAACUGGGGGGCCACCGGACUCGCCUACCUAUACCGUUCGCUUGACGGCGCGACCCAGAGAGCGGAAGACACGUCCGGUAUUUGUGGAUGUGUAUGGGGCCUCUCCAUUUGGAUGUGGGAGCGAAUCCCGGUGGGCCGUCCGGAGAAGCAGCGCUCGCGUGCAUGGACGGACUAUGGCGAAGAUGACGAAGAUGAUCGGAACCCGACUGUCGCAUACGCUUGGGACGUGGUGCGUGUCUACACGAGCGAAUCGAAGGCCUUGUACAAGGUCUUCAACAACGAGCUUGAUGCUCUCAUGCCUUUCCAGGUUACUUGGCGGCCGUAUAAUGAUGAACGAGAGUGGGGGUUCGAGCUGAACAACAUGUGCAAGCAGGACCGGCUUCUCUUCCGGUGCAUCAUGCCCAUGAUUUGUGUCUAUGCCGUGGAGUACCACUUGCCACAGCGCGUUGCCGCACAAUUUGGUAAGGCGCAACACACACCACCAGCCGGCCACGAUACCGGUGGCUACGACCUACACCAGAAGAACAAUCAAACAAUCACAGAUUGGGAAGCUGAACAUGCGAGAAACAUGAAGGAAUGGAAUGAGUGGAGAGGACGCAAAGACACGGAGAGGAGAGUGCUUGACUGGGACGAGUACGAGGAUCACAUGCUGUGGUACGAUGAUGGCAUCAAGCAUCGUCUGUGUCUGAGGCCCCAGUGGACGACAUCAGAUGCCGAAGACCUGUUCGAUGACGCCUCCGAGAAUGAAGCCUACAACGAGAGCAUCAGAGAGCUUCAAGGCGGGUUUAGGGAGUACGGACCCCUCAUGAACAGAGUGUCUUCGGAGCUGAACAAAAGCAUUUUUCAUGCCUCUGAUGCGCUUAGUGCUAUCCCUGGGACUCGAGCUAGUGAGAACAAGUUGAGGGAAAUGAAAUACGUCAACAAAGCACGCCGGCUUGUGGGCCUGCUUGGGUGCGCUACAAACACCGAUGAUGUUUUUCCUCCUGCACCGAUGCGUAGCCUCGCUUCAUCGAGCCAUGCAGCCUCGUCGUCUAGGGUGGUUCAAGAUGACGAGGAGGAGAGCGAGGACGAUGAUGAUGAAGAGGAAGAUGAAGAAGAGGGCGCAGAAGAAGAACAUGGUGAAGAAGAGGAAGAGGACGAUGAGGAGGAGGAGUACGAUGAUGACGACGGACCUCCAGCAACUCAGCCAACCCAGUGUGAGAAGAGGAAUGUGCCGAAGAAGGAUUGGAAGAGUCCAUCCCCGUUUCAGAAAGCAUGUCCUACUCACCGCAAGAAGACGGCGGCCGAGAAGCGAUCCAAGGAUAACGAGGACCGAACGUCGAAGAGGGGAAGGAAGGACUGA